AUGCGCGCCUUAGCUCCCACAAUUCUCAAAGCCCUCCGGCCGACCCUUGUCCUUCCCACGCACGAUGCGCAGACCCGUGCAAUCAGCUUUGGCAGCUUCUUUAGCCGCAAGAAGGACGAGAAAAAGAAGAAUCAAUCCGGAACGACUACAGUAUGGGGUGACACCAAGGACCGAGAUGUGCGGACAGCACUGCGCGAGCGCAUGACGUCCGGCCGAAUGGAGUCUGCCUCGAUCUUCGCCGACGAGCUCGAAGCCGUAAAAGGGAGGAAGACACCCUCAGGUGCGCAGCCUGCUUCAGAUGCCAAGAGGACGGCGACACCGUCAUCGACGGACGAUCUCGGAAUAUCAAAGAUGCGCGAGCAUAUGCAACAAGCCGUGGACCCGGAUGCGCGGUCUCGAGUGCGGUGGGAGCGCAAGAUGGUGAUUCGACACGCGUCCCGUUGCCUCUCUCCCUUUGGCAAGGAGACCAAGGCUGAACGCAUUGCGCGGACGGAACGCGCCUCCCUCAGCUCCUCCAUGUAUCUGCCCACAUCUACGAAGAAGCUGGUACAUUUAGCACAUCAAAUCCACGGCAAGACCGUCGAGGAUGCCUUGCAGCAAAUGCAAUUCAGCAAGAAGAAGAUGGCUCGCGAAGUUAGGUUUUCUUUGGAGGAAGCCAAGGCCGUCGCUGUCGCUGAACGUGGUAUGGGACUGGGCCAGGUUAACGGGGAGGUUCUCAAGCCCGGCCAGGAGGUCACUUUGCAGACCAAGGAGGGCAAGUGGCUAAACGUGGACGACCCGACACGUCUGUAUAUCGCUGAGGCCUGGGUCGGCAAAGGGCCGUGGCGAGGUAUGCGGCCGGAUUACAGGGCUAGAGGAAGGAUGUUCAUCAAGAAGAAGCCCUCAACAAGAAUAUGGAUCCGCUUGAAGGAGGAAAAGACACGGAUACGGGAAUUCAAUGAUCGAAAAGCCAAGGAGUACAGACAAGGACCGUGGAUUCAUCUCCCAGAUCGACCAGUCACAGCACAAAGACAACAUUAUAGCUGGUGA